GAAAGUAAAUAAGCACCUCAUUCUAAAGUUUUACAUGAAAAACCAAUAAGAAAGGCUUGUUUCACCGAUAGGUUUCAACAACACUACAUAAAGCUACCCAUUUUGUCUCCAAUCAUGAAGCAAAAAAUAACCAUAAAGAUGCAAUUGGAUUGUGACAAAUGCAGAAGCAAGGCACUCAAGCUUGCUUCUCAAGAAAAAGGUGUAAGCUCAUUGGCAUUGGAAGGUGAUGAUAGAGACAUUUUGGUGGUGACUGGAAAAGUUGAUGCGGUGUGUUUGGUUAGGAUUCUUAGGAAGAAGUUUAAAUGUGUAAACCUUGUGAGUGUCCAUGAAUUAAAGGAGAAUGAUGAUAACAAAUGCAACCAACAUAAUAAUUCUGAUCCAUCUCCCAAUAAUUGUUCCAUCAUGUGACAAAUUAUACUGAUUAAGAUAUUAAUAUAAUUAAUGAUGAUAAUAAUUAUUAUUUA